GCGAGCCGCCAAAACAAUCCCAAAUAAGAAGAAGAAGAAGAAUUAGGAAGCGGCAUUUCCGCUCUACCAUGCAAACACGAUUCUCACUUCCUUUUCAGUUUUAGGUCUCCUCUCGUGCUGAUCUGCUAUGCGUGGGCUACAACGAUAAUAAGUUAACUUGUUAGCUAACUUGCCCCUCGAGGGAUAAUUGUUGCAUCCAAAAUCUCCUACUCGCAUAACCAAAUUGCACAGACAUAUUUAGGACAUGCCGAACAUCGUGCUUUUCAGCGGGAGCUCCCACCAAGACCUGUCACAAAAAGUGGCUGAUCGCCUCGGACUGGAAUUGGGGAAAGUGAUAACGAAGAAAUUCUCCAACCAAGAAACAUGCGUGGAGAUCGGGGAGAGCGUGCGCGGCGAGGACGUCUACAUUGUGCAGAGCGGCUGCGGCGAGAUCAACGACAACCUGAUGGAGCUGCUGAUCAUGAUCAACGCGUGCAAGAUCGCCUCGUCGUCCCGAGUCACCGCCGUCAUCCCCUGCUUCCCCUACGCCCGGCAGGAUAAAAAAGACAAGAGUCGCGCUCCCAUCUCAGCCAAGCUGGUGGCCAACAUGCUGUCUGUAGCCGGCGCCGACCACAUCAUCACAAUGGACCUCCACGCCUCGCAGAUCCAGGGAUUCUUCGACAUCGCCGUGGACAACCUGUAUGCAGAGCCCGCGGUCCUCCAGUGGAUCCGGGAGAACAUUCCAGAGUGGAAGAACAGCUGCAUUGUGUCCCCUGACGCUGGAGGAGCCAAACGAGUGACCUCCAUAGCUGACCGUCUGAAUGUGGAGUUUGCCCUCAUCCACAAGGAGAGGAAGAAGGCCAACGAGGUGGACCGCAUGGUCCUGGUCGGAGACGUGAAGGACCGCGUGGCCAUCCUGGUCGACGACAUGGCCGACACCUGCGGCACCAUCUGCAAAGCUGCUGAGAAAUUGAUUGAUGCCGGUGCGAUCAAGGUCUAUGCUAUCCUCACGCACGGCAUAUUUUCCGGUCCGGCCAUCACGCGCAUCAACGAUGCUCCCUUCGAGGCCGUGGUGGUCACCAACACCAUCCCCCAGGAGGAGAAGAUGAAGUCGUGCCCAAAGAUACAGAUCAUAGAUAUAGCCAUGAUCCUGGCCGAGGCGAUCAGGAGAACCCACAACGGCGAGUCGGUGUCCUACCUCUUCAGCCACGUUCCCUUGUAAAGGAUGGCCACGAGCAGAGGCCACAGCAGCCAUUUCCUCUCCUCAUGGUCCAAUCAGCUCGCACCUUCAAUGACCCCCGCCCUCCCUGAAGUCCUUAAACCCUGACGGUUUGGGCCAAUUACAUGUGACCGAUUCCUGAAGGCCACGCCCACUUUCCCAGCUCCGUUGUUCCGUGUGGAGACCCAAGAAAGAGUAUCACCUCCUCUGAGACCAGCAAGUUUCUAUUUAUGCGUAUUACCAUGUUAAGAUUUCCUUACUGUGUUUGUUUCAAUAUCAUGCUUUGCCAGCCUUGCCACCCAAGGGAUCUGGCUGUCGUUUUAACCGAAGGUCCAUUGCCUAACAAUGUUCCUGUUUGUUGUACCUCAUUUUCCUUCCAUUUCACUAUAAAUGAAAGCAUUCCAUUGUGUGAUGUCACUUCUUGAUUCAUCUGACUGUUCUAACCUGCUCUCUGGAGAAUCUGCAACGCUGCUGGUUUUAGAGGCACCUUUGUUUCAUCAAUACACACCGAUUACGAAAUACCAGGGUCCUAUUCACUAGACUAAAAACAGUAGCAAAUGGGGAGGGACUAUCUGUACAAUAAGAAAUGCCUGUCUUAAUUUUCUGUUGCAGGAUUUUUUGCUACGGUGUGUGCUAAUCAAUGCCACCUAGGGUUGUUUAGUCAUCAACGACUGAUUUUGUUUUUGAUUUCUUUAUUUCUUUAACCAGCAACAUUUUUGGUUAGUGUGGGACUUUUUUCUCUCAAAAAAAUCUAGAGUAGAGGCUGUAUUUGUUCAACCAGUAAAUAGAUUCCUACAUAAUGUUUAAGCAUCUAUCUAGCAUUGUCUUCUUAACGUCCCAAUAUUGUAUCAUGGAAUUCAAUUCAGAUAUGAGAGAGACCGUUUGGAAGCAUUUCCACAAUUUCUGGCAUUCUAGUUUCAAACAUUAUUUCGUUAGUGCCACGUUACAAGGCCAAAUCUGAUUUGCCAUUUUAGUUUCCUUCAUUUAGUAUGCCCCUGGUGGUGCACUCCCUCUUGUGACGGACU